AUGCGCCUACCGAAUUUCAACUUCCUCUUUCUCGUGAUAUUGGCCCAAUUAUUCAGCUCCGGAAGAUCAUGUACGCCUCCCCCGACGGGUAGCAACCAGACCUAUCCUCGGUUCUCCCACGGCCAGGAUGUUGCCCCAGACCAUGCAACCGCCGCCUACACGAUGAACCACAUCUCGCUACUAGUUAACGAUCUCGAGGCCAGUCUCGACUUCUACACUCGUAUGCUUGGCAUGCGAGUCAUCCAUCAUAUUGAGGCGACUGAAUGGUUUGGCAUCGUCUAUCUCGGCUACAGCCAUGGCGGCAGAAAUGGAACCGGAUGGCAACCGAGUUCAGAACUCCACCGCCAACGAAGCAAUAUGGAAGGUCUCAUCGAAUUGGUGUAUCGAAGUAAUCAAGCUGGCAAGCGAGACCCGAGUGGGACACUUUCGCAUUUGGGCUUUGUUGUCCCUGAUGUUGCCGCGACGCAAAAGAGAAUGAAAGAUAAUAACGUGACGAUUAUACGCAAAGCUGGAGAGCUGCCACAAACCUUUCCGAAACCUCUUGCCCGAGCAUUCGGGUUGUUGAACCUGACCAAGAUGGAGAAUGACGAGAUUCUUAAGGCUAUGCCUCGGUAUUUGAUGGUGGCGGACCCGGACGGCAAUGUUGUUGAGUUUCAGCCCCAGAUUUAG